AUGGCCGCCAUUUCCGCGUCCCAAGCAGCUGUCUCUAGCGCAGCAGCUUUCAAGCAGUGUGGAUUCUCCUCAGGAGAAAGCUUCGGAGAGCAGUCUCUUGCGCUUAAGAACACUGUCCACCUCAAGAGCAAGAACCAAGCUGCUCUGUCAUGCCGAGCUAGCGUCGCUUCAGAGACCGUGAGCUCUUCCGCUCCUGCGUCGACAGAGGAUCCCUUGCUGCUGAGGGCCGUCAGGGGUGACAAGGUGGAGAGGCCUCCAGUCUGGCUCAUGAGGCAGGCUGGCCGGUACAUGAAGGUGUAUCAAGACCUGUGCAAGAAGCACAAAACUUUCAGGGAACGCUCUGAGAAUGUCGACCUCUCGGUCGAGAUCUCUCUCCAGCCGUGGAGGGCCUUCAAGCCAGACGGAAUCAUCCUGUUCUCUGACAUCUUGACGCCGCUGACCGGAAUGAACAUUCCGUUCGACAUCGUUCCCACCAAGGGCCCGAUUAUCCAUGACCCUAUUAGGACUGCCGCGGAUGUCGCCAAGGUGCAGCCUCUGGACCCGGACACGGCGUUGCACUACGUCGGCGAGACCCUCCAGAUUCUCCGGAAGGAGGCUGCAAACCAGUCAACUGUCCUCGGUUUCGUGGGUGCUCCCUUCACAAUGGCGUCUUACAUUGUCGAGGGUGGCUCGUCCAAGAACUUCUCCAUCAUCAAGAGGAUGGCAUUCUCAACCCCAGAGAUUCUGCAUGCGCUGCUUGCCAAGCUGGCGGAGUCCACUGUGCGCUACAUGCGCUACCAGGCAGACAAUGGCGCUCAGGCCAUACAGAUCUUCGACUCGUGGGCCACCAGCCUUUCUCCUUGCGACUUCGAAGUCUUCAGCCUGCCAUACAUCAAGCAGAUUGUGGCUGAGGUGAAGUCCACCCACCCUGACCUGCCCAUCAUCCUCUAUGCCAGCGGUAGCGGUGGCCUGCUUGAGCGCAUGUCUAAGACUGGAGUCGAUGUCGUCAGUGUGGAUUGGACCGUUGACAUGGCUGAGGCUCGGGAGAGGAUCGGCAAGGACAUCGCUGUGCAGGGCAAUGUGGACCCGGCGAUUCUGUUUGGUUCCAAGGAGACAAUUACAGCGAGGAUCCACGACACGGUGGUCAAGGCAGGGUCACACAAGCACAUUCUCAACCUUGGUCAUGGUGUCUUGAUAGGCACCCCAGAGGAGAAUGUGGAGCAUUUCUUCUCUGAGGCACUCAAGCUUAGGUAUUAG